CAUGAAUUGAAGGGUGUCAUUUGGUCUGGUGCCACACACUCGUGCAAAAUGCAUACAUGCACGCAGUCAAAACACCUGUACUAGCAAAAACAUGUCAAGGUGUUCUUCGGUCAGGUCUCUGGCCCCAUACACAUACCGAGCAAUGAGCUGGUCAGGAUGCAGGUCACGAAAGCGGCGUUCGCACUGAAUAGAUACGAAAGCGCACUUGUCACCAGCACCCACGCAGCUCACACUCGUGUGUGAAGGCAGCCGGAGGUAGGGAGGUAGCAGACUGACUGAGAGGGACAAGGGUUGCGACACUUAUUCACACACAGGAUAGACAACGAGGUAGCAGAGAGAGAGAGAGAGAGUACGAGCAGCAGCGAUCUUACACACACAACAAUCGUCGUCGAGCAGGCACACGAUGCAGAGCGAAAACUUCACCGCUACGCCCACCUCACCACACGCCCACAGCAGCCGUGCCAUACAUGGAGCUAGGCUUAAACAGUCGGUCAGCUCGCGUGCAUGAUGAUCGGCAGCAGGAUGUACUGCACACCCCACACAACACACAGACGGUCAGCACGCAUAUACAUGGAUGUGCGUGUGUGGUGUGAGUGGCCGUACCAGUGCGAUGGCGAGUAUGACGAGUGCGAGGAUGAUCUUGACCUUGAUGUUGCGCCACCACAUCAUGCGCCGCAGGUCGACGGCGUUGCGCUGGAACUGCUGGGCCGAUGUGCGGAGGUUGUCGGUCUUCUGCUCGAGCGAUUCGAUGUUCGCGUGGCUCUCCAGGAUCUUCUUGACAUUCUCCUGCAUGAUGUCCUUGACGUUGUCCACCUUCUCGCGCACCUCUGCCGUCUUGUCAAACUUGGCCGGCCGGUCAUACGUGUCCAUCAGCUCCUUGAGCGGCUUCCGCAGCGGCUUGGUCAGCGCGUUGGCGUCCAGCAUGCUCAGCUUCUGCGCGUCCUCACUCAAACCACCCACCGCCUGCUGCAGGUCCGUCAGACACGCGAAGGCGUGGCGCUCAGGGUACGAAGCCGUUCGGGUGCCCACGCAAUACAGGCAGGUCAGCUCGCGGUCAGCGAGGAGGUAGAGGCAGCCCUCGCCGAAGAAGCGUUUGUCGCGGCCGCCCGGCGCCAUGCGGGAGAGGGACUCUGACAGGUGGCCCUGGAAGGCCCUGUCGAGGUCGUUCUUCUCGUUGUUGCCCAUCUUGUCGUAGGAAGAGGCGAGGAUGACCUGGUCACGCAUCCGCCCGAUGGCCAAGUAGACGACGUUCUCGUUCGCCAUGGCGAAUCAACCACUUCUCUGGCAGGCUGGCGAUGUCAAGGCGAGACGAUAGAGGCCGCGGCUCCACAACAACAGAUAUUGACCAGACGGCUCUACUUGAGCUCCCAAAACAAGAAAACCGUCAAAAGACCAACAGACGGUUCUCCG